GUUUCAACCAUAAACAAUCAUUUGAUACGAAUAUUUGCAAAUGGUGCAGCAGAAUAUACAAAAUAAAGAUACCAAGCAGAACGGUAGGGAUACCCCUCUGGUAAUGGACUAUGUUGUGAAAAGCUCCGCGUCGUCCAUCAAGUCCGGCACCUCUGAAGAGAUGCUAUUGGUGGGCCCUUCCUCAGUUGUUGACGCUACUUCGUUUGACAUUUCCGACGACGAUGUCAAACCUACAAAGACUGUGUUGAUUUUGACCUUGGCAUCGUCCAUCUCAGGGUUCAUGUUUGGUUACGACACUGGAUACAUCUCCUCAGCAUUAAUCCAAGUCGGAACUGACUUGUCUAACAAGAUCUUGACGUCAGGAGAAAAAGAACUUAUUACAUCCGCAACUUCGUUGGGUGCACUUUUAGGCGCUAUAGUCGGUGGGAUCUUGGCUAACUUAAUUGGAAGAAGAAUGGUGUUGUUGGGAUCCAAUGUUAUUUUUGUCGUGGGUACAAUCAUCCAGUUGGUUGCUCAUACGGUAUGGACCAUGAUUGCCGGAAGAUUUGUGUUAGGUUGGGGUGUUGGUAUCGGUUCGUUUAUUGCUCCAUUAAUGCUUUCUGAAUUGGCUCCUGCUAAAUACAGAGGGAGAUUAAUCGUUACAAACGUCAUGUUUAUUACUGGUGGUCAACUUAUUGCUUACUUAAUCAACUGGGGGUUGACCCGGGUAGAACACGGCUGGAGGGUUUCCGUGGGGUUAUGUAUGAUUCCACCAGUGUUCCAAUUUGUCUUGUUCUGGUUCUUACCUGAUACCCCAAGAUUCUACGUUAUGAACGGUGAAGUUGAAAAGGCCACGGAUAUUCUCAAGAAAAUUCACAGGGACCCCUCCGAUGAAUUCAUACAAGCCACCAUUGAAGAAAUGGUUUCAUCAAACUCAAAUGUUCCAGGAAGGGGCCCAUUACAAAAGUCAUGGGAAUCCAUCAAGAUCAUCCAUAAAACCCCAGGAAAUCUUCGAGCAUUGAUUCUUGCAUGUGGAUUACAAGGUAUUCAACAGUUCACUGGUUUCAACUCGUUGAUGUACUUUAGUGCUACUAUUUUCGAAACUAUUGGAUUCAACAAUCCUACCGCCGUGUCUAUUAUUGUUGCCGCUACAAACUUUGUUUUCACCGGUAUUGCCAUUUGUAUUAUCGACAUAGUUGGAAGAAGAAGAAUCUUAUUGUUCGGUAUCCCCUGUAUGUGUAUCUCGUUGGUGGUUUGUGCUAUUGCCUUCCAUUUCUUAAACGUGGACUUUUCCUCAGGGUCCGGUGUCAUUGAAUCCAGUGGCAUCAGUGGAUGGGGAAUUGUCGUUAUUGUCAGUAUGGUGGCGUUUGUGGCUUCAUAUGCCAUUGGGAUCGGUAACUCAGCCUGGGUCGGGGUUGAGUUGUUUUCCGAUGUUAAUGUCCGUUCGGUAGGAGCUAUGUACGCUGCAGGUACCAACUGGGCAGGAUCCAUGGUUAUUGCAGCUACAUUCUUGACAAUGUUACAAAAUAUAACUCCAACCGGUACAUUCUCCUUCUUUGCUGGAUUAUGUUUUGUCUCGUUCCUUUUCGUGUACUUUUUGUUACCAGAAACUGCUGGGUUGGAAUUGGAAGAGACUACUAGUUUCUUGAGUGAUGGGUUCAAUGUCAAACAGGCAUCGAGAAUGGCUAGGGAAAGAAGACUACACUCAAAGUUUGCCAAUAAAACCAGAACAGCAUAGAGUAACUUAAUAGACGUAACUAAUUCUUAAUAUAUAAUACCAUCAUAGUAG